AUGUGUCACUCCUCUCCUAAGAGCCCAGCCCCGCUGCCAGGAAGGGGGAAAGCUGACACAAAAACUGGGGAGGCCUGGGGCUUGGAGGGCCAGACUGAGCCCAGGCGGAUCACAGGCAGACGCUGACAGACCCCACAGCAGCCCCAGGAGCCCAGAUACCAGCAGCCGGGGAGAGGGCCUAGAAGCUGCCUGCAGCCAUGUCGGCUCUCGUCCUGCUCCUUGCGGUUUUGUUCACUGCAGUGCCGCCUACCAGCUGUCAAGGCCUGGGGAGCCUGCAGCCCUGGCUGCAGGGCCUAAUCGCCGUGGCUGUGUUCCUGGUGCUGGUCGCAAUCGCCUUUGCCGUCAACCGCUUCUGGUGCCAGGAAGAGCCGGAGCCCGGGGACGUGGUCAUGACCGUUGGAAACAAGGCAGACGGAAUCCUGGUAGGAACAGAUGGAAGGUACUCCUCGAUGGCGGCCAGCUUCAGCUCCAGUGAGCACAAGAAUGCCUAUGAGAAUGUCCCCGAGGAAGAGGGCAAGGUCCGGAGCACCCCCAUGUGACCCCCACUUGCAUGUGGCCCCCAGCCCUGACCCCACGUGCCUGUGAUGGAUGCCCGGCUCACCACCCAAGCCGCUCCUUCUCUGUGCAGGAACCUACAGUAAGGGGCCCGCUCUUCCAACCCCACACUGCCCACCUUCGCUUGAACUGUCACCAGCCAAAGCCAGAGCUGUGUCCAGGUUGGGGCUCAGCUGGGGCCCUAGGGUUUCCUGGCAGGUCUCCCACCCAAUUCAAUUCAGAAGACCCUUCCGAAGAGGACAGUCAGCUCAUCACCUCCCACCCUGCCUCACACCCUCCCCCUCUAACUGUGGAAAUGGCUCUCAUUUCUGUGAAAUAAAGAUGUUUUGUAUUUCCAGG